ACAGCAAUCUUCUUAUCCUUUUUUUUUGGAUCAAAAAUCUAUCAAUCUUACGUUAUUUCAUUUCUGUUAGAUACUCUCUCUCUACUAGUCAAUAACACCCAGACAAAACUAAAAACUAAACUGAGAUCUACCCAAAAAGAAAGAAAGAAAUAAGAAGAAUGUUGGAGCUGUUUUUCACGAUAGCGUUCUCGGCGGCGCCGUUAACGUUGUACAUACCUCCGAUAAGAUGUUUGACGAUGUUCGUGGAGACGAUGGAGGAGAUGGGAACGGAAGGUAGGGUUUAUAGCAGGAGAGUCUUCCCUCGCGCCAGAAUGGCUUGGUCUCGCCUUCUCGAUUGCUUCUUCUCCUCUUCUCCUCCUCCUCCUCCUCCUCCUUCUCGCCGUCCUUAAAAUUAAAUUACUCAUAGGAGAAAGAGAUGGAAGAACAAUAUGAGAUUUACAUACCGUAGAGUUUGGUCCUCUUAAGGGCUUCAAAGAAGCUGUCCGGUUCUUUGAGAAGAAGCAUUGGUGCGUUUUGUUCUUAUUUUCUGCUGCAAAUCACUGCGCACAUCCUUUUUGUUCUUUACAUUCUCCAGUUUUUAGAAGAGUUGUAGGAAUGUUCUCCGCAUCAUCCACUCCCCUGAAUAAAAAUGCCCAAGAUCAGUAUCUUAGUUACUAAAACUAUCAAAGCUUUAUGCUGCCAAAAUCAUUAGGCUUUAUUAAUACUAAAAAGUUAUAAUU